AUGAAUGAUAAUAAUAGUGAACUUUAUAAUGGUGAAAUUUACCAAAUAAAUAAAAAUUUAGAUAUUUUUUCAUUGUUUAAUUCAUUUUUGGCUAUAGUCAUGUUAAGAUAUUGGAGUUAUAUUUAUUCAUUUUUAAUUAAUAAGUUAUCUAAACUUGUUCCGAUGACGAAAGAUGCAAUACUAUUAAAAGAAAAUAAUGAAGAGAUAAAAAAGUUGAUGUCUGAAAGAAAUAAAUACAUGAUUAAAGAUGAUUUUUCGCAAUAUAUGAAGUUAGAAAGGAAAAUUCUUAAAUUAGAAAGUCAAAAAAAAGAAUUAUUAGAAAAAAUGAAUGGUGGUGGUAAUGGUAAUAUUGUAAUUAAUAUUUGUUUAUUAAUUAUAAGAACAAGCUUAAUUUCCUACUUAACUUAUUACUCAUUUUCAUCAACAAUUUUUACUGUUCCAAAAUAUGAUUUUCCAAUUUUUUAUAGAACUUUAGCUUUUCCAAAUGUCUUUUAUUUAACAUCAAAUUAUAGAGAAGAUGUCACUCCUAUAUCGACUUUUGUCUUUGCUACAGUUACUAUUUUAUCUUUGGAAUAUCUAUUUAGUAGUUUAAAAUCACGCUCUUAUUGUAAAGUGACAAGUGAUAAGAAAAUGAACUAA